AUGGGAGCAACCCCUUUUCACCACUCCAUUCCUGAGGUCCAGCUGCCAAAACAUUUCAACAAGCCAACGGACAUGAGAUACGACAGAACCCAGGACCCCCAGGAAUACCUAACGGCCUUUGAGGCCAGGAUGAACCUGGAGGAUGUGGGUGAUGAGGUGAGAUGUCGCGCUUUUCCCAUGACCCUGGUAGGACCGUUAAUUCGAUGGUUCAACGCGCUCCCUCAAAAGUCCGUGAUGACUUUCACGGAUAUAACCCGUGGCUUUCUAGCACAAUUUACCACACGCAUUGCCAAAGCCAAGCACCUGAUCAACCUUCCAAGGGUGACCCAAAGAAAUGGGGAACCGACUAGGAAGUAUCUUGAUAGGUUCAACGAUGAGUGCCUAGAGAUUGAUGGCUUGACCAACUCGGUGGCCAGCUUGUGUCUGACGAACGGGCUGUUAAAUGAAGACUUCAGAAAAUACCUCGCUACCAAACAUGUGUGGACCAUGCAGAAAAUUCAGAAUAUGGCGAGAGAAUACAUCAACGACGAGGAGGUCAGCCAAGUGGUGGCGGCCAACAAAUGGCAGCCCGCCCAUCUUCCUAAUCGCCAGCCCGGAAACGGGGAAAGGCCCAAGGAGCACUCCAAGGACGGAGGGCCGACUAAACCCUUCAAACCUUUCCCACGAGUAAGAAGAAUCACAAACUAUACUCCUCUGAUGGCCCUGAUCGUUGAGGUAUACCAACAGAUAGCCGACAAAGGCAUCUUGUCAAAAGCCCGCCAGCUCAAGGACAGAACUGGCAGAAACAAGAAUCUCUACUGUGACUACCACAAAGGUUUCGGCCAUAAAACCCAAGACUGCUUUGACUUGAAGGACGCUUUGGAACAGGCAAUUCGUGAAGGCAAACUGGCGGAGUUCUCACAGUUCAUAAGAGAAUCCAGGAGGCAAGAGCGCGACCGAUCUGACGAUGACAGAAGCCGUGUUGUGAAGCCAAGGCAAGAGCCUGAAGAAGACAACGACAGCAGCCUCACUGUUGUGAAUCUCAUAGUCGAAAGAGACAUAGCAUCGAGAUCGAAGUCAGCAGCAAAGAAAGACGCCAAGAUUCUGGCCGUAUCAUCAACUAACCAUGGACCCUCCCUCAGGAGAACCCCAAGGAUAUCAUUCGGAACAGAGGACCAAUGGUUCCACAAUAUCCCGGAGAACCCGCCCAUGGUAAUCACGGCAAGAGUGGGAACGGGUUUGGUAAAGUGA